AUGGCCCCCAAGAAGAACAAGAAGGACGCCAACUCCAUCAACUCGCGCCUGGCGCUUGUAAUGAAGUCCGGCAAGGUCACCAUGGGCUACAAGAGCACCCUCAAGUCGCUCCGCAGCGGCAAGGCCAAGCUGGUCCUAAUCUCCUCCAACACCAGCCCCCUCCGCAAGUCUGAGCUCGAGUACUACAGCAUGCUGAGCAAGACCAACGUCCACCACUUCUCGGGCAACAACAUCGAGCUCGGCACUGCUUGCGGUAAGCUCUUCCGCUGCUCCACCAUGGCCGUCCUGGACCCCGGUGACUCGGACAUCCUGGCCGACCAGCAGGCUUAA